AUGGCUUCAGAUAUCCCUAUCAUCGACGCUCAUAUCCACCUUUACCCCAAGUCAGAGCUUGAGACGCUGGCUUGGUGUACCCCGGACAGUCCCCUGGCCAAACAACACUCUCUUGAGGAAUACAAAGCUGCUUUCUCGUCGUCCCCAAACCCUGUAAAGGGCUUCGUCUUCCUGGAGACAGACCGCAAGAAUGACCUAGAAGCCGGGGUCAAGGAUGGCAGCGGCUGGAAGUAUCCACUCGAGGAAGUUUCGUGGUUGAAGCGCAUUGCUCUUGGCCAGCCCAAGGACGGCGAAGGCCACACCAAGGAAGAUGCGAGUUUAUGUGCGGCCUACAUUCCCUGGGCCCCUCUGCCGAGCGGACCUGCGGCCAUGGAGAAGUACAUCGAGCUAGCGCAGAAGGAAGCCGGAGACAGCUGGAAGAAGGUCAGGGGCUUCAGAUACCUCUUGCAGGACAAGCCCGAUGGGACGGGCCUGACUGAUAAUUUCAUCGAGAGUUUGAAGCUUCUUGGACGCAAGGGCUUGGUUUUCGACCUGGGCGUCAACCAACAUGAACGCGGCAGAAUUCAGUUGGAGGAGACUGUCGAAAUGAUCGAUCGGGCACAUGAGGGAGUCCCAGACAACGAGAAGGUCGUCUUUAUCAUCAACCACAUGUGCAAGCCCGAUCUCACCGUCUACAACGUCCUCACUGACACGUCCUACAUUGCAUGGCGGACAGCUAUGUUCACACUCAGUAAGGCCGACAACGUCUACAUGAAGCUCUCGGGCGGCUUCCCUGAGAUGAGCGACUCACUUAAGAAGAGAUCCCCAGAAGAGAUCUUCGAGGCAGUUAGCCCGUGGCUGAGUGUUGUGCUCGCGGCCUUCGGGCCCUCGCGUAUCAUGUUCGCAAGCGACUGGCCUGUGUGCACUGUGGGGGUUGACGGUGCCUGGGGCAAGUGGCAGAAGCUGGUCGAGAGACUCUGCUACAUGGCCUCUCUGACGGACGACGAAAAGAAGCGGAUCUGGGCAGGGACCGCAAUUGCAGCUUAUGGGCUGGAGCUCUGA